GAGCAUCAAUGUGUGCUCAGUGGCCGGGGUGGCCACGCGGGAGCUGCAGCAGGGGCCCUUUUCCUAGGCAUUGGGUAGGGCUGUGUGCUACAUGUCCCCACGGGGGGAGGUGGGGGCUCCAGGGUGUGUGUGUGUGAAUGAGUGUGUGUGCCUCUCUUCCUGGGUCAGGGCUGGGGAAGUUCGGGUAAAGGACUCUCCCUGCAGCAGGCCUCUCCUCCCACCCUUAGCCCCACACCCAGCUGGCCCUGAAUGGGCUCCGAGGGGCCUCUCACCUCCUCCUCCGCCCUCGGUCCCUUUUAUGUCACCCCGUUCCCACCCUGGCCCUGGCUGGCCGCCUCCAUGCCUCAGGGCCCACUAUACAGGCCCCUGCAGAGCUGUCUCCUCUUCCCUGGGCCCGUGCUCCCUGGCCCCAGGGUCCCCUUCCUGUGCUGAGCAGGCUGAGCCCUGUGUGAGCCCAGCCUCGUCCCACACCCUGGCCCAGCUUUUGCCGUGGCAUCCAUCAGGGCCAAGGGGGACGUGUGAAGAAGACAGAAGUGGGGGAACUGGGGGGCUCCCAGCUCCUUGGAGGGAGGCUGCCCGCUGGACCUUUGGCACUGGAUGAGCCAAUAAACCACACUCUGGCACCUCAUCUGUUUUGGCCUCUGUGCUUUGUUCUUGCCCCACCCAGCCGGUCACAGGCGGGAAGGACCUCAAGUGAGAAGCAGGGCCCAGCUAUGGGGUAGUAGCUCUGAUCCCCAGGGGAGAGAUGGGCUUGGGUUCCUUCAGUCUGGGAAAAUGGUUUCGAGGGGCCUAAGAGGGGCCAGGACUUAAGGCCCAGGGGCCCCGACUCCCAAGAAUUGUCCCUCAGGAUGCCAUCCCAAACCCCAGGGGACCUUCUGGCCCACAGAAAGUGCCAGGUGUAUAUUCUGCGGACAAAGACCCCAGGGGAGAGAGGAUGGGCUGUGGGACUGCCGUGCAGGGCUCAGGGAUUGGUUGGCGGCCACAGUGCCUAGAAAAGCCAAAAAAUGCUGGUGGCAGGCGGGGUUCAACCAGAGACCCUGAAAGGGUUGAGGACAGAGGCAGAGAGAUGGGAAAGCCAAGACGGGCUGGGAAGGAACCAGCCCGUGCAUCCUGGGGACAGGGAACCAAGGGCUGGGGCCAGAGAGGCACACCAGUGUGGCAGUGGGGAAGCACAGCGCCAAGGCCUGAGCCGCUGGGCAAGGUUAGAGGAGAGGUGGAGGGAGGACAGCGGUCUGAGCCUGGGGCUGUGCAGCUAAAGCUACCAGGGCCAAGGAGCACAAGUGGCUGGGAGGGAACAGAGGGCAGAAGAGCAGGGGGCAGCACAGGAGGAGAGAUUGACAGAGGAAGAGAACAGAGAGGGAGGGGGAGAGGGAGCAGAGAAAUAGCAGCUCAGCCUCAUGGAAGGAAAGUAGAGGAAGCAGAGCAUGGGGUGGGUAGUAGGGUGAGUAGGAACUAGACCCAGGCUCUGGACCCCUGCACAAAGCUUUCCUCUUCCUUCCCUGGCGUCACGGCAUAUCCACCUGCCACACAAGCCAAGCUAGUUAGCCAAGAACCUCCUGGACUGAGGUGAUAGUGAGGGUAGGAUGUGACGUGUCCCUUCUGUCUCUCCUAGAAUCCUCCACUCGACCAGCCCUCUGAAGGUCAUUCCUUUCACCAUCAGCCUCUGAGCAAUUUGGCCACUGAAUUCUUAAGUUACCAGGGUAGAUAGAAUUCAGUGGCCAGACUCAUUCUAGAAAGAUCCCCAGGCUGGGCAUGGUGGUUCACAUCUGUAAUCCUAGCACUCUCGGAGGCCGAGGAUUGCUUGAGGUACCUGCUCGCACCCACAGUGACUGGUGGCUAAGGAGGGCACUGCUGGUUCUACAAUGCCAGGCUCUCCAUGGACGACAUCUGUGCUUCCUUAUACCGACAGGGACAUGCUCAGAUUUCCACACUCAUUGGUCUGUUGCCAUGGAAACAUUCAGGUUUCUAGAACUCUGGGCACAGGGCCUGCCCCCCAUGGUGCAGAGAAGGACAGGAGAGAUGAAGGGUGAUAAAAGGAAUGGGUGGAAGGGCUCCUGGGAAGAGGCUGGCUGGUGGGACAUGUCUGGGCUUGGUGACCCCUUGCUGUCUCCUUGUUCCCCUCAUUCCACCUCCCUCUCCCCUCUGCCUCCGCACAUCUCUCCCGGCCAGGGGGCUGGAAAGAGAUGUGAGCUAUGAGGAGGGUGCUAGGUCACUGCCUGCGUCCUCAGGGGGCUUUGAGAGGUAUUAGCUUUGGGUUGGGGGCUGGGGCUGCGAUCUAGCGCUGUGUGUCAUGCCCAGGCCUCCUUGGGAACACGGGGCAGUCCCCCAGGCCUGAGGUCCCUGGCUAUAGUGGCCUCAGGGCUCGAGCUACUUGAGCUCUUUCUCCUCCCCUUCUUGUCAGUGCCUCAUACCCAGAGAACCUGCUUUAAAUGGGAUUUCCAGGCCGUGACGUCAGAGGAAAGCAAGCCACAGUCCUUCCAGCCUGCGCCGGCCCUCCCUUGAUGGGCAGGGCUCAGCCCAGCUUUGCUCAGCCUGGAAGGAGGCAGGGCGGGCGGAGGAGGGAGGGGCCUUGGGGGCUGCCCGGGGCCAUGGUCCCCAGAUCUGUGGCAUCCAGGAUGAUAGGGAGAGGCUGCUUCCAGACCAAAAGCCCCUGCUGGCUCCCCCACUACCUUAAAUUUCAUCCAGUACGUGAUCAUCUCCCUCCCAAAUGGCCCAGUUCUUCCCUCUCUGAGCUGCAUCAGGUCUGUCUGGAGGAGGAGGGCGCCCCAAGUCCUUCAAGCCAGGCAGCGGCCUCCGUGCGGUCCGCCGGAGCGCGCGUUCCCCAGCGAGGCGGAGGCGGCCGGGCGGGAGCGAGCCUGCAACCUGGACAAGGCCCACGAGGUGGCGCAGCUGCCUCCCAGUGCGCACUCCCCGCCCGCCGGACGGCCUCGCGCGGCCCAUCUGCUCCAGGUGCAGCGAGCAGAGCGCCUUAUGCUCGGCUCCCUGAGCUGAGGUUCACGAAGAAAGCACCCUCGCGUGUGGACAGGACAGCGCGGACGCUCCAGCAGUCUCGUCCUAAGCCCGGCUCGUGCGCACGCCCUGCCCCUCCCACAGCAGGGGGUCAGACCCAGAAGGCGCCCCCCUGGGUGAGGAUCGGGCACCCUGCCGAGCAGGGAGGUUGCCAGGCUGGCCCAAGGAGGGCCCUGCCCCUGCCGCCGCCCAAGGGAACCCGACCUGGGAGACAGGCUGCUGGAGCUGAUUUCAGGGUCAGGAGGGGAGCAUGGGGUAGGGAACUGGGGAGGAGGAGGCUGCGUCUAGGGAGGGAAGCUCCCACAGCUACAGUAUUGCGUGGACAUGGUCUCCCUGAUGGCCUCAGUGGCAGUCCCAGGCCUGCUCCAGUGUCCCUGCCGCCUGCCCCUUCCCUUAUUUUCAUCUAGGGUACUGUGGUUGAAAGGGAACCCCAAACUCUGAAACCCCAGUGUUCUUGCAGGGGCAGAGGGUGGUGCUCCUCAAUGACCCACCUUUCCCCGACCUCUUUCCCAAGCUGACCCCACCAGCCCUGCCUCCCCCAUGAACUGCCCUCUUCUUUUGUCCCAGCCAGAUGAGUGAUCAAUAAAUAAUGCUGCUUGAAAUAUUGAUGAAUCGUGAUUCAGUUCCAUCAACUAAGAAGAGGAAAGGUCCCUCAGAGAUCAACUUAGCCAGCCCCCCAGGAAGGAUGGAAUAAUCUAAACCAAGACGCGACUGAGAUCCCAUUUCCUCAGCUCCAGGUGCACCCUGGGCCUGUCAGGCAGGUCCAGCUUUCUGCGUGCCAGCUCAGAACGAGACUGCAACCUCCUCGCCUCCACCUGGACGGUUUGCAGCCUGAGCAAAGACUCGCAAGCUCCCAGACUUCUCGGGCCCAGAUCACUCUCAUCUGGUUCUGUUCUCCUGGAAGAAGGGGAGGAGGGGGAAGGAGGAGGAGGUGGAGAGUAAGAGGCAGUGGAAGCUCUUUAGCCCUCUGGAGCCCAACUCAGCCAGUUCCAGCUCCCUGCCUUGCAGAAACUAUGCCCACUCCAAUCUCUGCAUGAGCAAUUCCCUCUGCCCAAAGCACCCUUGUUCUCCCGCUUUGUCAGGUCAGCUCCUGCAUGUGCUUCCAGUCUUGGCUCAGGCACCCCCAAGCUAUCAGAAGCCCCCUCCUCCAGGCCUCUGCCACACUUGUCCCUCCCCCAACGGCACACAUCGCCCUGUUGGAUCACGGCCUCUUUCCAGGUCUAUUUUCCCGCCAGACUGAAGGUCGGCAUAGGCCUGGGUCCAGCUGGUUCACCACUGUUUGCCUGGAACACAGUAGCACUUGACACACGUCUGUGGGAUGUUUGAACAAUGCCCCUGCAGCACCCCCUUCCACUCCUGAGACCACCGCAACCUUCACACCUCAGUGUCUUCCUGCGGGGUGUCUGCCUGCGCCUGAGGACGGGGUCUGAGCUGAACAGGAGCUGCCCAGAUCAGCUGCCCUGGGCGGGCCCUGCUUGCCCCAGCUUGUGCCCACGCUCCUGCUCGCUCCCUCUGCUUUUCCCUCUCUCACACAGAUGGGAGUCAGCUUUCCAGCCACAUUCAGUUCUCACUUUAAUUCAAAUGCUAAAUUGGGAAGAAGAGCAGCUUCACACUCCCAAUUUAGCCUGGGAGAGAAAAAGUGAGACAGCCUGGAUGUUGCCAGGGAGAGGAGAAAGAGAAAGUUGGGUCUGGGGUUGGAGGGUGGUGGCAGACCCAGAGCCCAAGGGAAGACAAAGAAACCACCACCACCGGCUCCUAAAAAUAGCCCACCCAGAGCUGUGCCCCCAGGGUGAUCUCUUUUCUAUACAGGGCAGCCAUUCCAGGCUCAGUCUGGGGUGGGGGCGUGAUGGGGUGGGGUAGCAGAGUAGUCUCUGUCUAUUAAAACUUUCCAGAGAGGAAACUGCCACUGCUCCGGUCUCUGGUAGCAGGAGACCAUGAGGUUCUUCCUAAAUCUGACUUUAACCCUCCUUGCAGUGGCCGCAGGUAACUCCCUCGGGGUGAGGAUUAGAAGACUGAGCCCGCUAACGCUUGCACACCAAUGUUCACAGCAUUAUCCUCAAUAGCCAAGAAGUGGGAACCCACUCUUUGUCCAUCAACAGAUGAAUGGCUGAACAAAAUGUGAUAGAUAUGUACAAAUGGAAUACUAUUCAGCCUCAAAAAAAGAAUAAAAGUCUGACCCGUGCUACAACAUGAAGGAACCUUGAAGACUUUAUGCUAAGUGAAAUAAUUCAGACACAAAAGGACAAAUAUUGUAUGGUUGUACUUAUAUGAGAUACCUAGGGUAGUCAAAUUCAUAGAGGAAGGAACCAAAAUAGAGGUUAGCAGGGUUUGGGGGGAGGCAGGAACAGGGAAUUAGCAUUUAAUAGGUACAGAGUUUCUGCUUGGAGUGAUUAAAGAGUUCUGAAAAUGGAUAGCGGCGAUAGCUGUACAACAGUGUGAAUAUACUUAAUGCCACCGAAUUGUACA